GUAAAUUUCAAUGCUGAAAUAACACGAAGAAAUGUGUAGAACUAGUAUUAAUUUCUUGUUGAUAUUUUGGUCCUUCGACUACAAACUUCGCGGUGUAAUUGAGAAGCGAACAAUAAUUCACAGACGCGAUUUGCGAUCGCAACAGCAAGUCUUGAGUGAAUUUCAUCCAUUACAACGUAAUACUAUGGAACACAAAAUGGGAAAUUCAACCAGUGGAUUUCCAUCGGUAGCUCUCAGCAGACAAACGGAAACACCUGAUCUCAUCUUUAAGAAGCAUGAAGGUGGAACAAAGAAAAAAGAUACGGUGUUCACGAAGAGAAAGAAUAAAUUAAUAUGCAAGUGACAUUGAAAAUUUUUGAAAAUUUUGGCACUUAGAAUCCGCUGUAUGCCAGCAGAAUAUUCAAACCUGGAAGCUUUUUCAAAUCGUC